GAUCCACGCGGAAAACGUAAACAAAAAGGUCCCUAACAGAAACUCUCUAUGUGAAUCAACAAACUCACAGAGCAAACGAGAAGGAGAAGGAGAAGGAGGAGGAGGAGAAGAAGAAGAAGACAAUCUCUAAAAUGGAUCCUAUCCAGCCCCCUGUUGAAAAUUAUGCCAAUCCAAAGACAUGUUUCUUUCAUGUUCUCUUUAAGGCUGGAGCUUUGGCAUUUUACAUACUUUCUACUCUGUUUUUUAAUAGCUUUGUCAUCAUUUUUGUGGUGACUGUGCUUCUUGCUGCUCUUGAUUUUUGGGUGGUUAAGAAUGUGAGCGGUCGGAUUCUAGUUGGCCUUAGGUGGUGGAAUGAGAUAAAUGAUCUGGGUGAGAGUGUGUGGAAAUUUGAAUCCCUCGACCAAGAGUCAUUGGCCCGGAUGAACAAGAAAGACUCAUGGCUGUUCUGGUGGACUCUUUACCUAGCAGCAGCUGCCUGGAUUGUGCUUGGAAUUUUCUCUCUCAUAAGGUUCGAACCAGAUUACUGCCUCAUUGUUGGAGUAUGCUUGACUCUCAGCAUUGCAAACAUUGUUGGCUUCACCAAAUGUCGCAAAGAUGCCAAGAAGCAGUUCCAGCAGUUCGCAACCCAGACCAUUGCAUCUCGAGUCUCAUCUACCAUACAGUCAGCAUUCAGUGUUGUAUGAGUCAUUCAUUGCAGAAGGUGGGCAUAAAGCGAAAGUGGUGGCACUUGUUCAAGAGACGUUGAAAAUUGGUGUCGGCAGUAUACAAACUGGGAGCAUUGAGUCGGCUGAUUCUUUGAAAUUCUGUAGGAUACAGUAUAUAUGUUUUGUUGACCUCUGAGACAGUUAAUGAUUUGUGUAAUGAAUUACGAAAACUGAUAAUGUUAGAAAAAUAAUUUUGCUGUUGAGUGUAA